GCAGCGACCAGCGACAAUCGACACCUCGAUAGAAGCAAAAAUGAGCACUCUGAAUCGCCCCAAAUCUCCGCGGACACCAAAUUCUGGCAAAAAUUUCGAUAAAGAGGAAAGUUUUUGGGAUAAAAUCGGAACUCUUGGACGGAAAAAGCGAAUCAAAGAAGUACAAGAGGUCCAGGAGGAAGGAAAAAUUGCCAUUGACUCGCCAGGAAAUCCGAAUGCGCCGAUCGUACCACCAGAGGAGUACAAUCUUGAAGACAACGAAUCCCGUUCGAUCAUUCAGCCUGCCUCGUUGCAGCAUCCGCAUGUUCGUGAGCUUCUACAAGUGUUGAUCGAUUGGAUCAAUGACGAGUUGGUGGAAGACCGUAUCAUCGUUACAGACAUCGAGGAGGAUCUGUACGAUGGUCAAGUUUUGCAAAAGCUGUUCGAGAAGCUGACGGGAGUUAAGCUGAAUGUCCCGGAGGUUACUCAAUCGGCCGAAGGCCAACGACAAAAGUUGGCUGUUGUUCUGAAUGCUGUCAAUCAUACUCUGGGCUAUCAUCAUAAUGUUCCCAAGUGGACGGUUGAAAGCAUUCACACCAAGAACACGGUGUCAAUUCUGCAUUUGUUAGUCGCUUUGGUUCGUCAUUUUCGGGCUCCGAUUCGCUUGCCGGAAAAUGUUCACGUUACGGUCGUAAUGGCACAGAAGAUCAAUGGAAAGCUAACAAGCAAAAAAUUCCAAGAGCAGAUAACGCAACAGUACGAUGACGUUGGUAUGCGUUGUGAACGAGAUGCGUUCGAUACUCUGUUUGACCAUGCACCGGAAAAAUUGGCAGUUGUCAAGAAGUCACUUAUUACUUUCGUCAACAAGCAUUUGAACAAACUGAACUUUGAGGCAGCUGACCUAAGCUCGGAUUUCAAGGAUGGGGUUUUCCUGUGCCUGUUGAUGGGAUUGUUGGGUGGAUUUUUUGUGCCACUGCAUGAGUUCCAUCUGACACCGAAGGAUACUGACCAGAUGGUACAUAACGUCGGAUUCGCUUUCGAGUUGAUGAUGGACCAGGGACUGAAGCCGAAGGCACGUCCUGAAGAUAUCGUCAAUAUGGACCUCAAGUCUACCCUUCGUGUUUUAUAUACUUUGUUCACAAAAUAUCGAAAUAUCUCUUGAGCUGGCGGUGUGACAGUCAAAAGAGAAAGUGCCUUGGCAGCUAGGAUGUCGAAUUCUAACGAUAGUAAUUGUUAACAUAGGACCCACAAUAUGACCGAUUAAAGUUAACAUACGCACACACUCACCGGUACUAGCAGAAUGACCGGUGAAAGAAGUAGCCUUAACAUUAACUAACAUUUGCUGGAAAUUCGGAACAGGCAGCCAAACUUACGGUAAGUGAUGGAAAUUCUGUUUGAAACCACUUAGUCAGAUCAGUAAAACACAUUUUAUUUACUCAUAAAUAAUCGUCUCAAGCAAUUGUGUUUUGCUAAUUUAUUUGAAGCAAUUUUACUUAAUGUAGUAUGCAAAAAUGUAAUAAAAAAAGUC